AUGUCUUCUGGCAGUGCAACUAAAAAGUGUGUAAGUUGCGGGAUUUUUUCCAAUAAAGUCCCAGGAAGUAAGAAGAUUGUAACAUCAGAAUCCGAAGCUGAAAAAUUAUCUGAUUUUUUUGAUGUCGCAUGUACUGUAGGUAGCUAUUUAUGUAGAAAAUGCUACACGAGGUAUUCAUUUAAUUCAAAGUCGACUUCAGACGUAAAAUGUGAAAGUCAAGAGGUAAAAAGUAGCCAAGAAGUAAAAAGCAGCCAAGAAUCUUCCGCCACUACAUCCGCUUUUUCACAGUCUUCUGGCUCAGUAUUUGAAUAUAAUGUUAAAGAAGAAAAAGAAAUUGAAUAUGUUUCAUUACCGUUUCAAAGAACCAUAGCUACGCACAGUAAAUGUUUCAUAUGUGGAAAAAUUUCUAGGACAGUUUUAGUCCCAUUUGAAGCAAGAAAGCAGGUGUUUUUAGCAACUAGGAUUUUUAUACCAAACGGUAAUCGUUGCUGUUCAGAUCAUUUAAUAAAAAAGCGAUUCUAUAUAGAAGACAUUUAUAAUUUUCCAGUAUUGGUAUAUUCAUCUUCAAGUAAUGUCGAAGUGAAUGAGGUGUCAAAACUCUUAGAAUGUUUAAGCGUUUCUGCUAGCAUGGAGCUUACUGAUAAAGUUGGUGACUACACUUUAUCAGAAGAGCGCUUAAAAGCAUUUACAGGACUCACAUGGGAGCAAGUAAUUGAAUUAAAAGGCAUGAUGACUUCGAUGAGAAAUACUCAGAAUCGUACGGUAACGCAAGCUGUAGUCGUUUUUUUAUUCAGAAUGAGAACCGGAUUAUCAAAUGAAAUAAUACGUUCUGUAUUAGGAUUAGAACGUCCACAACAAGUUUCUGAUUUUUCUGAUUCCAUUUUGAAGUCAUUCGAGAUCGACGUACUACCUACAAGAUUUGGUAUCAAAUCAUGCACUCGACAGCUAAUACUUGAAAAUACUGCUCCUAUAGCUAAAGAGCUUCAUCAAAUUAAAGACGAUGAAGUCUCUUUAGUUUGCAAUGGGACUUAUCUUCGUCAUCAAAAGAGUAGCAACAACGAUUACCAAAGGAAGUCGUAUUCGGGUCAAAAAAAAGUCCCUUUGACUAAGCCUUUCACGAUUUGUACUACCAAUGGUUUCAUCGUCGAUAUCAUGGGACCUUAUACUGCCAACAUGAAUGAUGCUCAGAUUAUGGAAGAUAUAAUUUCGGAAGAAACUGGUCUAUCAGCUUUGUUAGAGAAAAAUGAUGCAUUUUUCGUUGACAGAGGAUUUCGUGAUGUACAAAAUAAAUUAGAAGAGCAUCAGUAUAGAGUUUUUAUGCCCGCAUUAAAGGGUAAACGAAAUCAAUUAAGUGCAGAAGAAUCGAACGAGUCACGAAAAGUUACGUUAAUUCGCUGGGUGGUUGAUGCAGUCCAUGGGAUCAUUGGAAUGAAGUACAAAUUGCUUCACCACCAAUUUGACAACAAACUGCUUCACAAUGCCGGACUAUAUUGUCGAAUCGCUGGAUUUUUAGUAAACCAAUUUGGCAAACGAAGCGUUUCAAAACUAUCUACAAGUAACAAUGUUUUAGAGCAAAUUAAAAAGCAGGGUCUUAAGGAAAAUUCAUUGGCUGUUGAAGUUGAUUCGAAAAGAUUAAAUCGAAGGAAAGUACCAUUCCGAAAAUUGACAUCGGGUGAAAUUUUGGAUUUUCCGGAGCUAACGGAAGAAGAUUUAAAGGUAUUUUUUACAGGUACCUAUCAACUUAAACAGACAAUCUCAUACUUAGCUGAGAUGAUGGACGAAGAUGGCAACAUUCAAAUUGACUACUUGAAGGAAACUCCUGAGAUAAUUAAAGUACAAGUGAGGUCUCGACAUAUAUCGAGAAAAACGUACAAUUGCUUUAUUCAUUAUAGCCCAAAUAGUAUUGGUUACAACGGAAUUCUACGCUAUUGCUGUCAAUGUGCCAAUGGAUUACGGACAAUAGGUUGCUGCUCACACGUCGCUGCAGUUAUAUACUAUCUCUCGUUUGCUAGAUAUGAAUCAAAAAUUUUGAGACCUGCACAUAAACUUUCCAAAUAUUAUGAAAAAGAUGGUGUGUAUCCAGUUAUCGAAGAAGAUAGUGAUGAAGACUAG